AGAGGACAUGUUCGAGCAAAGUUCUCUUUUGUACCCUGGCAGAGAGGAUAUGUUCAGGCGCAGCUUAGCUCAGCUUAGACAAGAUAUUAUGAAGGCUAACACCUUGGUACGUGAGGCAAACAUAUUUUGCUGAUGAAAUGGGCAGACAGACAACAUUUGGGGUGACCCUACAAAUUCCUCCACAGAAUUUGUCUCCCAACCGGAAGAGAUCUGCAUUUGUUAGUGAACCAGCAAUUCUACUCAAGAGGAAAGGAAAGCCAAACCAGGUUUGGUCAAUGGAGAAGUUAGAGCACAAGUUGAUUGUCAUGAGAGAAAUGUACGAUGAGCAGCAAAAUAACCCACUAAUUACCCAUCCAGAUGCUGAUCCAUUUUAUGAGAGCCAAGAAAAUCAUAACCUUAUUGGAGUGGCCAAUAUUUUCCUUGACUGUUUAUUUCAUGAUGUACGGCUAAAUUACCACGUGCCCAUUAUUUCUCAGCAAGGAGAAGUGGCAGGCAGACUGCAGGUAAUAGGAAUAUAA